AUGCAGCUCACCAAGGCCCUCCUCCCCCUCGCCCUCCUGGCCCCCCUCGUCUCCGCGAACCCCCAAUUAGUCAACGACCUCCUAGGAGCCGGCGAUUCAUCCGACCAAUCUGCCGGAGAGACCGGUGUCGGCAACGCUGGUGUCGGCGCCCCUGUGCAGGCCAGUGUUCCCACCGAGACCGCAGGGGUCGGCGCACCCGUCCAGGCCAGCGCAGCUCCUUCUUCUUCCACUGAGGACGAGGAAGAGACCGCGACCGCGGGAGUCGGCGCACCCGUCCAGGCUACUGGCUCUAGCAGCUCUGAGACUGACUCCGACUCCGGCUCUGGGUCCUCAAGCACCGCCGAAGCGCCCGCCGAGACAGAGACUGGCGCAGCUGGCGCAGCCACCACAAUGGCAACCGAGGCUUCCACAACUGCUGUCCCUACCGGCAUCGUAACAGCCCAGGACGACGACGCCUCCGGCAGUGGCAUCGCUACCGGAUCUAUGACCACCGCCCCUACUACUACGGCCGGCAACAACCAGUCGCAGGAGUCCCAGGGUGCCAGCAGCACCUCUGGCUCUGGAUCUAGCCCCAGCUCCGGCUCCGGCUCCGGCUCCGGCUCUGACUCUAGCUCUGCGGACCCUACUUCCUCUGGCGAUGCCGCUGAUGCCUCGCCGACGGAUGAUGCCGCUUCUGCGGUGCUCGGAAGCCCCGCCUCCAUGCUCGGUGCUAUCUUGCUCUCGGUCGUUGUGCCUUUGUUCUAG